AAAAUAAAGGAGAAGAAGAAAAAAAAAGUAAAGUAAAGGAAAGUUAACUCACGAAACCAAACCUAGAAGAAGCAUUGGUGUUCCUUAGUUUCGUCACUCGCUCCAAUCUCAGAGUCAAAGUGAUGGCCGCAACAACAGCAGCAUCACUCACUCUUUCAAAACCUUCUUCUCUGCCUUUCAAUCACACCCACGCUUUUCCCAAAACGCCCUCAAUACUUCCCACGCCCCCUCGCUCCGCCGUCAAAUCUCUCCUCCUCGUAUCCUCCAAAAACCCCCUUUCCGAUGUUAUCUCUUCCCCAGCCGCGGACGACAGCGCGUGGGAUGAUGACGAGAAGCCGCGCGAGGAGUGCGGCGUCGUCGGCAUCUACGGCGACCCGGAGGCCUCCCGCCUCUGCUACCUCGCCCUCCACGCGCUCCAGCACCGCGGCCAGGAAGGCGCCGGAAUCGUAACCGUUCACAACGACGUCCUCCAAUCCAUCACCGGCGUGGGCCUCGUCUCCGACGUCUUCAACGAGUCCAAGCUGGACCAGCUCCCCGGCAGCCUCGCCAUCGGCCACGUCCGCUACUCCACCGCCGGACAGUCCAUGCUCAAAAACGUCCAGCCCUUCGUCGCCGGUUACAGAUUCGGCUCCGUCGGUGUCGCGCAUAACGGUAACCUCGUCAACUACCGCGCUCUCCGGUCCGACCUCGAGGACUCUGGCUCCAUCUUCAACACCACCUCCGACACCGAGGUCGUCCUCCACCUCAUCGCCACCUCCAAGCACCGCCCCUUCAUCCUCCGCAUCGUCGACGCCUGCGAGAAGCUCCAGGGCGCGUACUCCCUCGUUUUUGUCACCGAGGACAAACUCGUGGCCGUUCGUGACCCCUUCGGUUUUCGCCCCCUCGUCAUGGGGAGGAGGAGCAACGGCGCCGUCGUGUUCGCCUCCGAAACGUGCGCGCUUGAUUUGAUCGAAGCGACGUACGAGAGAGAGGUUUUCCCCGGCGAGGUUCUCGUGGUGGAUAAAAACGGUAUUCAGAGUCUCUGCCUGAUGUCCCAUCCUCAACCCAAGCAAUGCAUUUUCGAGCAUAUCUACUUCGCGCUUCCGAAUUCGGUUGUUUUCGGGAGGUCUGUGUACGAGUCCCGCAGAAGAUUCGGGGAGAUUUUAGCCACUGAGAGUCCCGUGGAUUGUGAUGUUGUGAUUGCUGUUCCUGAUUCUGGUGUUGUGGCUGCGCUUGGGUAUGCUGCAAAAGCUGGGGUUCCCUUUCAGCAGGGUUUGAUCAGGUCGCACUAUGUUGGGAGGACUUUCAUUGAGCCCUCUCAGAAGAUUAGGGACUUUGGUGUGAAGCUGAAACUCUCACCCGUGCGUGCUGUGCUUGAGGGUAAACGUGUGGUGGUUGUGGAUGAUUCCAUUGUGAGAGGAACCACCUCGUCCAAGAUUGUUAGGUUGUUGAAGGAAGCUGGUGCCAAGGAGGUUCACAUGAGGAUUGCAAGCCCUCCCAUUAUUGGGUCUUGCUAUUAUGGGGUUGAUACUCCCAGUACAGAAGAGUUGAUUUCCAAUAGAAUGAGUGUGGAAGAGAUAAGGAACUUCAUUGGGUCGGAUUCUCUUGCCUUUUUGCCCUUUGAUAGCUUGAAGAAGUUGCUGGGGAGUGAAAGCCCUAAUUUCUGCUAUGCUUGCUUCUCUGGGAAUUACCCUGUUGAGCCUACAGAGCUCAAGGUGAAGAAAGUUGGGGACUUUGUUGAUGAUGGCUUGAAUGGGAAUUUGGAAUCUAUUGGUGGUGGUUGGGUUCAAGCAAACCGAAACCAAAUCGAGGUUGGUAGUUAGUGGUAAUAGUUUUUCACAGUUAUCUCCUGUUUCUGGUUUUGUUACAGUGUUAAGCCUAAUUGAUACUACUUAUGUGAUGUGGUGAGAGAUAAUAUCGGUCAAACCAUUCUUUCAACCAUGCUGGUGAGCUUCGUUAGUUCAUUUGGAUUCUGAAGACCGAUUAUGCGUUUCUCAUCUGAUCUGAUAUAUGGAGCUGCUUUUGUUAUUUAGAAUUUAGAACAAACCAUGGUAUAAGAACUUUUGAUACUCUUCUUUUUUAUUUUUCAACACAGGGUCUUUUCAAAUGCACCUUGGAUUUUCUUGGAUGGUA